AUGUCCCUCCUCCACGCCCUCGUAGCACGCGGGUCCACAGUCCUUGCAGAGAACUCGGUUGGGGACACGCUCCUUAAGCCCGCGGCCAAGAUUACCAUCCUGUCAAAGAUCCCUCCCAACAACUCCAAGCUCACCUAUGUUUGGCAAGACCGUCUGAUUCACUACGUCUCGUCCGACGGUGUCAUCUACCUCGUCAUGGCCGACGACUCUGUCGGUCGCCGCAUGCCAUUCAGUUUUCUGGCAGAGGUUGAGCGGCGCUUUACAGCCACCUACCCUGCCGACACGAUUGUCGCUGCGGGAGACCAUGACCUGGACGAGUUUGAUGCCGAGCUGUCUCGCCUCAUGCACCAGUACCAGACCGCGCCGCCUGCCGACCCCCUGAAGCAAGCACAGACCGACCUGAACAACGUCAAGGACAUUAUGGUCCAGAACAUUGACUCGAUCCUGCAGCGCGGCGAGCGUCUGGAUCUCCUGGUCGACAAGACGGACACUCUGGCGGGCCAGGCGUACGCGUUCCGUCGCGGUGCGCGCGCCGUUCGCCGCCAGCAGUGGUGGAAGAACACACGCAUCACCAUCCUCACCGGUUUUGUUUGCUUCCUCAUCGUCUACCUCCUCAUUGCCCAGUUCUGCGGUAUCUCCCUCUCACACUGCCGCAGUUAA